AUGAUAAAAAUUGGAGUGGACACAAGGCAAGCGCAGGUGAAUCGAGCGAUCGAGCAAACCAAGUCGCGACAAAUGGCUGCACCUAUUGCUCCACGAGCAUCAAGUAGACAGUCACAAAAUACACCCGGGCGAAGCGAGCUCAUUGAUGUAGGGAAAUUAAAUCAGCUGAUUAGAGCGCUGGACAAGACUUGGAUUCUUCCACGACUGGGCGCCAAGGAACCAGUCGGUAGCAAUUUUCAGUACAAAAAGACAUGCGCUUCGAUUUUUAAAGCGAGGCAUGGCGCUUGUCAGCAGCUUGGCUUUGGAGUGAUGUGCUUCAAUUAUUGUCACGAACGAGGAGAAAAGCUGUCAUUUCGUUGCCAAGAUGCCUCGGAUGCGGCCUACUGCCGACAAUCUGGCACAUUUGAGACCUUUCUAGCUAAAUACCGCAAAGACGGGUACAAGGCUAAGGCUUACAUUCAUCAG